UUCAGAAUCAUCUGCUAUAGAGCAGCCAUCAGCUUCAAACCCAGCACCACAGAUAAUGCACACAGCUCCUUCAGCACCAGGCCUUGAAACUGACUCUUCUCCUCCACCUUACAGUAGUAUUACUGGGGAAGUACCUACAACUUCAGAUGCAGAAGUUUACAGUGAGUUAUCCUGUGCCACCUCCGUACAGCGUUGCUUCCUCUCUUCCUGCAUACGAUGAAGCUGAGAAGGCUAAAGUUGCUGCAAUGGCAGCUGCUGCAGCAGAAACAUCUCAAAGAAUUCAGGAGGAAGAAUGUCCACCAAGGGUUGACUUGAAUGAUGCAGACCAGCUUAGAGUGGGUAAUAAUGGCAUUUUCAUGCUGGCGUUUUUCCUGGCAUUUGUUUUCAACUGGCUUGGAUUUUGUUUAUUCUUCAGUAUAACCAAUACCAUAGCUGGAAGGUAUGGUGCUAUCUGUGGAUUUGGCCUUUCAUUAAUCAAAUGCAUCCUUAUUGUCAGGUUUUCUGAUUACUUUACUGGAUAUUUCAAUGGACAGUAUUGGCUUUGGUGGAUAUUUCUUGUACUUGGACUUCUUUUCUUCAGAGGAUCUGUUAAUUAUCUACAAGUCAGAAAUAUGUCUGAAAGUAUGGCAGCUGCUCAUAGAACAAGGUAUUUCUUCUUCUUAUAG